UCCGGGGCUUGCUCAACCAACACGAAUAAGCGAAGAUUUAUUCGGCAAUCUCGCCGUCUUUAAUUAUUCGGGUUGUCCCUUCGGUGGAAUCAGACAGUGUCGCUCGCUCCGCUGAUUUUGUUCGUUUGUUAAUUAGUGAAACCGUUUUGUAUUUCUAUUUAACGCUUUACCAUGGCCUACAAUUUAGUGAACCUUGCAAAGUCUACCUCAUCCUUAACUGGAAGUCUUGCCAAAACCGCCCUUCGAAGCAUUAGCACCACGAACACUGUGUACGAACCCCGCCGGCUGCCGGAUAAAACAGGCAAAAAUGUAGUACUGGUCGAUGGAGUCCGCACGCCUUUCCUAACGUCCGGCUCGGACUACUCGAAGCUGAUGCCCCAUGAGCUAGCCCGCCAUUCGCUGCUGAGCCUUCUUCGUAAAACGAAGAUCGACAAAGAAGUGAUCGACUACAUCGUGUACGGCACGGUCAUCCAGGAGGUGAAAACGUCCAACAUUGCACGAGAAGCGGCGCUCAGCGCUGGCUUCAGCAACAAAACCCCGGCCCACACCGUGACGAUGGCGUGCAUUAGCUCCAACCAAGCCAUCACGACCGGAAUGGGACUGAUUGCGACCGGCACGUACGAUACCAUCGUAGCCGGUGGUGUCGAGUUCAUGUCGGACGUUCCGAUCCGCCACAGUCGCAAGAUGCGCUCGCUGAUGCUGCGUGCCAACAAGGCAAAAACCGUCGGUCAGCGAUUGCAGCUGCUCUCCACCAUUCGUCCGGACUUUUUCGCUCCGGAACUCCCUGCGGUCGCUGAAUUUUCAUCGGGCGAAACGAUGGGUCACUCGGCGGAUCGGUUGGCAGCGGCCUUCAAUGCUUCCCGCCAGGAGCAGGACGAUUAUGCGCUGCGUUCGCACACCCUAGCCAAGGAAGCACAGGACAAGGGUUACUUUACCGACCUGGUACCGUUCAAGGUGUCGGGCGUAGACAAAACGAUCGAGAAGGACAAUGGUAUUCGCGUGUCGACGAAGGAAUCGUUGGCCAAGCUAAAGCCGGCCUUCGUGAAACCGUACGGUACGGUGACGGCUGCUAACGCAUCCUUCCUUACGGACGGUGCAUCCGCCUGUCUGGUGAUGACCGAGGAGAAAGCCAAAUCGCUCGGCUUGCGCCCGAAAGCAUACCUGCGAGACUUUUUGUACGUGUCACAGGACCCUAUCGACCAGCUGCUGCUUGGCCCGGCGUAUGGCAUCCCGAAGCUGCUCAAGAAGGCCGGUCUUACGCUGAAGGACAUUGAUACAUGGGAAAUUCAUGAAGCUUUUGCUGGCCAAAUCAUCGCUAACCUGAAAGCACUGGAUUCCGACUACUUCUGCAAGAACUAUCUGGGACUGAGCGAAAAGUUCGGUGCGCCGGAUAUGUCCAAGUGGAACAACUGGGGAGGCUCGCUGUCGAUCGGACAUCCGUUCGCGGCUACCGGCGUUCGUUUGUGCAUGCAUACGGCAAACCGUCUAGUACGCGAAAAUGGACAGCUCGGUCUCAUUGCUGCUUGUGCUGCCGGUGGACAGGGCGUUGCCAUGCUGUUGGAACGACACCCGGAAGCUAAUGCCGAGUAAAACAAAAAGGAAGAACAAAUUGUUCCAUACCAAUUUGUCCGUUUCCCCACACCAACCAUCAGCAUCCCCAACCCCUUCCCCUCUUUUCCGAGCAUAGUUAAAACAGGAGAGAUUCAUCGUCGACGCUCGAGAGACACUGAGCGUAUUUACUGAUCCGUUAUUAUGUUUUUGUUGAGGUCUUAACUGUCCUGCUUUUUAUUUUUAUUCUGCUACAUUAAGACGACCGUAGAUCCUAAGAUUAACCGCUAGAGAAAGGAAUAAUGCUUUCUUUCGUUACGUACAUAAGGUAUAAUUAUUUCCCCCCCAAAUUGCUCGAACAUGGGUCUACAAGUGAAUCGACAUGGUGCCGCAAUCUUGCUCCUGUCGCGCGGCCGCACUUGUAUGCAAAGAAUGGUUCAAACCGGCAAGCCUGUGCAUGUGCGGCUCGCGUUGCAGAGAGUGAGUGGGUUGAAUAAAUUAAUCAAGCUUUUUGUUACUAGCGUACGAUUUAGUUCAGUGCAACCACACGGAAAGGGAGCUAGCUGGGGAGCAUUCUUUAGGCUCCAUGUAUCUUCCAUCUCUUUGUGCGAGUGUGUUUCUGUAAGCUUUAAUAUAUAGAACAAUCAUUCAUUAUGUAUAGCGAAGGUCCAAAUACACGAAUUUUUGAUACACGAUAACUAUACAAUC